UAUGAAAUAAAUAGAUAAGUUACUUAAACGUCAUUCAAAUGUUAAUGAGAUCAUAUAAGAUAAAUAAGGAUUGGAAGCUUAUAAUGUAUUUAGAAGUUUUAAACAUGCCAUUGAAGAUAGAUUAAAUCAAUUAGAAGAUGAAUUAAGAUUAAUCGUAUUGAAAUUAGUGAAUGACUAAAAAAUUAAUGAUUAAGGAUAUAAAUUUCUAUAGAGUUUAAACUAAUUCAAUGAAUAAGAUAUAAAAGAAUUAAGAUUAUUUUUGAUUAAUCAACAAUAAAACAUUUAAAAUAAUCAAAUUAAUUUAAAAGAAAAGGAAAGUAAACAAUAAUUAAUAUAACUCACUUCUUAUUUAUAAGAUAAAAUACCAAAUAUUUAAAAGUAAGUCUUAGAUCAAUUAGAUUGUGUUAAUAGUACAUUUUAUACAAAAACUGAAAAAGUGGAAAGACUAAGAAAAGUUUGGAUAUGUAACUAUAUUAUUAAUAAUAUAAAUAGCUGAUGAUGGAUAAAGUAAACCAAGUAUAUUUGACAAAACUACCAUUAGAGCAAAUGUAUUUCAAGUUAGAGAAAAGUAAUUAUAUUUAAUAGGAAUUUUCUAACCAAUGUUAUAUAAAGGAAGUUAUAAUUCAACUAAUUAUGAUUCAUAAGUCAAAACUCCUAAAUUGAUAUACAAAUUACAUGAAGACACAAAUUUAACUAAAUAUAUUUUCAAAUAACACAAAGUCUUAGAACAUGAUAAAUUACAAGUAGUAGAUGGACAUUUAUAUUUUAUUGAAUUCAGAAAUCCAAUUAAAUUGUUACCUAAUAAGACUUAUACUAUAUCCAUUUCAACCAAAGAAUCAAAAUUAUUUUAAACCUACCAUUAUUCAAUCCCUAUUAUAGAUCAUCCUCUAAUUAAAUGGUAAACAGAGGAUUUGACUGAUUCUGAUAUUUUUGUUAAGGGACCUUAUGUAUAACACAUUUAUUCCUAUGCUAACAUUGAUCAAAUACCAAGUUUAUUAAUCAAAACAUGA